AUGGGCAAAUCCAAGCAGGUGGGCAACCACAAAAAUGGCAAAAAGAAGAACAUUGCAAAGACAUGGAAGACAAAACGGAGGACGAAGGACUUGGAUCAGAUCCACACUGACAUGGUUCCUGCCAAUGCAGCCAACCUCCUGAAGCAGGAAGUGGACUAUGACGUCACAGGCUUUGCUCAGCACUAUUGCCUUCACUGCGCACGUUACUUUGUCGACCUGAAGGCCCUGAAGGAGCAUUUCAAGACCAAAGUGCAUAAAAGACGGUUGAAGCAGCUGAGAGAGGAGCCGUACACUCAGGCUGAGGCGGAGCGAGCGGCAGGGAUGGGCUCGUACGUCCCUCCUAAAAAAGUCGAGGUGCACACACAGCAGGUGGAGGAGGACAUGGAGUGAACGCUGUACGUCAUCUCGACACUACUGUAGCCUGAAGAUCACUUUCAAGCACAGUGUCUCACCCUCCGAGUACUCGCACCUACAAAUAUUAGCCCCCGACGUGUCCGAGUUUCCUUGGAUGCCUUUUCCCUGACGUUCACAGGCCUCGGGUCCUCAGAAGGUUUACACACAAACGUGUAUUCAGGAUCCAGAUAAUUAACCUCUUGAAUUAAAACCGUGCGUUUUAUUCCUUUUAUUUGUGUUGAAGCACUACAGGGGGUUUGAUCAGGUGUCUGAUAGUGAUGAAAUGCCUGAGUUGUGUAGUGUGAUGAUGAUGAUAAGUUACCUGUCAAUCAAAUCCCACAGUAACACACUGAUGUGUGUUGGUUUAUUGUGUGUUAGGAUUUGACUGGACUGUGACCACAUAUGGCUUCAUGUGUAAAUUCAUAUGUAAAUAAAUUGUGAAAUCAGAA